AUGACACCCACAGUUUACGGAAAUCUUCCCUCGACUCGAGCUCGCAGAGUCUUGUUGCUUCUCGAGGAGCUGGAGGUCGAGUAUGACUUGAAAACCUUGGACUUUGCCAAGGCAGAGCAUCGGAGUUCAGCUUAUGUCAAGGAACACCAUCCAUUUGCGAGGGUGCCGGCAUACGAAGAUGGUGAUCUGAAGAUCUUUGAGUCGCGAGCCAUUUGCCGAUAUCUUGCCAACAAGCACUCGUCUCCUCUCGGUCCGCCAUCCAACCCCGAAGCGCUGGCAGCAUUCGAGCAGGCUGCCAGUGUCGAGUACGCGUAUUUUGAGCCAAGUGUUUCAACUCUUGGCUUUGAACUUAUAUUCAAAAAGGUGCUAUCGCUGGGAGAGACAGAUCAGGGAAUCGUAGCCCAGCACAAGGCUCAGCUUGCCCAAGUUCUCGACUACUACGAGAAAAUCCUGGAGAAGCAGGAUUAUCUUGCUGGCCAGAACUACAGCUUGGUGGACCUUUUCCAUAUUCCUUGGAUUGGCUUCAUCAAAGACCGUCUGCAGCUCCCAGAACUGAUUGACUCGCGGAAGAACGUAACUGCGUGGUGGCAACGAGUGAGCGACCGUAAGGCAUCAAAAAUUAUUGCAGAGAGGCUGGCCCAGUUGCAGCACUAG